AUGCAAAAUCCACAAAACCCACCACCAGCUGGUUCAGCUGCUGAUUUUUACUCACAAAUGCCAGUUAAAGUAAUGGGUACUCCAGGUGCUCCAGGUAGCCAAUCAACUCCAGGCGCUCCAGGUGCUCCAGGUCAAUAUCCACCACAACAACCAGGUGCUCCAGGUUCUAAUUUACCACCAUAUCCAGGUACUCAACAACCAGGUGCUCCAGGUGCUCCAGGUCAAUACCCACCACAACAACCAGGUCAAUACCCACCACAACAACCAGGUGCUCCAGGUCAAUACCCACCACAACAACCAGGUCAACCAGGAUACCCACCACAACAACCAGGUCAAUCAGGUCAAUAUCCACCACAACAACCAGGUCAACCAGGAUACCCACCACAACAACCAGGUGCUCCAGGUCAAUAUCCACCACAACAAGGUCAACCAGGUCAAUAUCCACCACAACAACCAGGUCAACCAGGUCAAUAUCCACCACAACAACAAGGUCAAUAUCCACCACAACAACCAGGUCAACCAGGUGCCUACCCACCACAACAAUCAGGUCAACCAGGUGCCUAUCCACCACAACAAGGUGUACAAAAUACACUUGCCAAGACAGGUGCUCCAGGUCAACCAGGUGUUCCACCACCACAAGGUGCCUAUCCAGGUCAACCAGGUGUUCCACCACAACAAGGUGCCUAUCCAGGUCAACAACCACCAAUGGGUGCUUAUCCACCACAAGGUCAACCAGGAGCUUAUCCACCACAAGGUCAACCAGGAGCUUAUCCACCACAACAACAACAAGUAGCAUAUCCAGGUCAACAACCACCAAUGGGUGCUUAUCCACCACAACAAGGUGCAUAUCCAGGUCAACAAGGUGCUUAUCCAGGUCAACAAGGUGCAUAUCCAGGUCAACAAGGUGCAUAUCCAGGUCAACCACCAAUGGGUGCAUAUCCAGGUCAACAACAAUAUGGUGUAUCAGCAUAUUCACAAACUACCGCUGCUUAUCAAACUGGUGCUUAUCCAGGUCAAACACCAAUGGGUGUUUAUCCAGGUCAAACUACUGCAUAUGCUGCCUAUCAAACAACUGCUAUCGGUUAUGGUGCAACAUCAACUUAUUCUUACACUAGACCAACUUACUCUUAUGCAACUCCAUAUUCUAGAACCGCUGCUUUUGUAGUUCCAGUUGGUUUACCACCACAUGUUGUACAAAAAAUGAUGGCCGCAAGUGCUGCAUUCAGAAUUCAUGAUUCCAAUUGUAGUGGUACUUUAUCUAAAAAAGAAUUUAAAAAACUCAUUAAACAUUUAGGUUACUAUUUCUCUAAAGGUCAAACUAAAAUGUUAUUCCAUUCAAUUGAUCGUGAUUACAGUGGUUCAUUAAGUGAACGUGAAUUUGUUGACUGGUGGAGUAUGCAAUAA